CAAACCUUCUUUACCUUUCCCAAAUGUCUAUCUACUCCACCACCUCUCCCAAACACUGCGCCGCCAAACAAACCAUCCCUCUCCACCACCUCAAAACCCUCAACAAAAAGCUUCUUUUCACCCUCUCCUCCCUCCUCCUCUCCCUCACCUUCCUCUCUCUCCUCUUCUUCCUAAUCCUCCACCCUUCCAAGCCCCGCUUCCACCUCCACGACACCGCCCUCUACGACCUCACACUCACCUCCCCGCCUUCCCCUCGUCUCCUCAACUCCACCAUCCAAGCCACCAUCGUCUCCAACAACCCCAACACCCACUCCGGUGUCUACUACGACCGCCUCCGCGCGUACGCCGUCUACAAGGGACAACAGAUCACUGCUGAAGCCGAGCUGCCUCCUUUCUACCAAGGCAACGGCGACACCAACCUUCUCUCGGCUUCGCUUGUGGGUGCCGGCAUGCCGAUGGCGACGGGGUUGGGGGAUGAGGUUGUGAGGGAUCGAAUGAAUGGGAAGAUGGUUCUGAGUGUUCGGUUGGAUGGUGAGAUGAGGUGGAAGGUGGGGAGUUGGGUCUCUAGGAGAUAUAGGUUUGAUGUUGAUUGUGUGGCUGUGAUUCGUUAUGGUGUUGCUGCUGCCGGCGGCGGCCUGAUGGCGGGGGUGUUGGGGGAGGCGGAGGGGACGGAGUGUUCUGCUAAUGUUUGAUGAUGGUUAUGUGUGAUGCGAAGGUCUUUCUGGUGUAUAUAAUUUAUAAUAUGCAUUCGAUACAGUGGCGUGCCGUACCAGUUAAUUUGGGGACUGAUUUAUAAAAAAAAGAAAAUAU